AUGCAAGACAAGAGCAUCCUGCUGGAGAACCCCGUGAAGGCCAAGUCAAAGGGUGGAGGCGCUCGGCAGACAGCCAAGCGCGCCAGGCGCCAGGGUGGGACGCUGAGCGCUGCCGCCCUGGCCACCGUCACGUACUUGGGCCUCCUCCCCGUGCACGCGCUGUGGCGGGCGUAUGCGGAGAGGCUGGCUGCGCGCGACCCCGGCGUCACCCUCGAGGCCUAUCGCGACCGGCUCCUGGGCGCCGAGCUCCACGGCGCUCUGGUCAGGGUGAAGGCCUGCGCCGCGCGCCCCGACGCCGCCGGGCUGACGGGCAUUGUGGCGCUCAGCCGGCCGCAUUCGCUGGUGCUGGUCACGCCGGGCGACCGCCGGAUCCGCAUCCCCCGCCAGAACUCCACGCUGGAGCUGCUCAUGGGCACGCGGCUCGUGGCCCUGGAGUACGGCGAGGAUGUGGGGCAGGGCUGA